CUCGUCCACCUCCUUCUAGCCUUUGUACUUUUACUCCUAUGAUGGCCAAGCACGAGCAGAAACCGAAGUUGCGGACCGCCGUCGAGCCGCUGGCGCACUUUGACCUUCCGAUUCCUCAUCAUUCGAUAUGCUCGUUCUCUCUUUCUCGGUCUUUACUCUACCUUGGAACCCACAAUGGAUCUCUCCUGUUACUUUCUCUAGAUUCAGACUACAGCCAUGAUCCGAGUUCUAUUCCAAUUGAAACUAUUUCCUAUUCCAUGUGUCGGAGGAUUUCGUUUGUGCGCGACGUUUCGAUGGGGGAAUCUGCCGUGGAGGCGAUAUUUGUGCUCGUUGAGAUCGGGUUGGUCGUUGUGUUGUGUGAUGGGUUUUUGUUUUUUGUGGAUUCGUGCUUGGUGCAGCCAGUUAAAAAAGUAGGGUUCUUGAAGGGGAUUAGCGCGAUAGCGAGGAGAUUUCGAGGAAGUCAAACGGAAAGCACGGACUUGACAGAAGACGCGACGAGUUUUUUGAAGGGGCAGCGGAUAUUGGAGAAAUUGGGAGGUGGAGUUCGGGGCAAUGGGGUGAGAGCAAAGGAGUUGGACCAGCGUCAUGAAGGUAAUUACGUUUUUGCUGUUGUUGUGGGUAAAAAGUUGAUGUUGGUAGAGCUUGUUUUAGGCAGUAGAGCAGGAAGUAGUGAUAGAGACAUCAUUGGGGCCAAUGCCUCUUUUGUUAUUUUGAGGGAGAUGCAGUGUUUUGAUGGCGUUAGGACCAUGGUGUGGCUUGAUGAUUCUAUAAUUGUUGGGACGAGUAACGGGUAUACUUUGUUUUCGUGCAUUACUGGGCAAAGCGGUGUAAUCUUUUCACUACCAGAUUCAUCUAGCCGGCCUUUGUUGAAACUGUUGUGGAGAGAGUGGAGGGUAUUAUUGUUGGUGGACAAUGUGGGUGUGAUUGUUGAUGCACAUGGUCAGCCAGUUGGUGGGAGCUUGGUGUUUCGCAGGGCUCCAGAUUCUAUUGGGGAGCUGUCAUCUUAUGUGGUGGUUGCUAGGGAUGGGAAGAUGGAGCUUUAUCAUAAGAAAUCAGGUAAUUGCAUUCAAACUGUUACCUUCGGUGCUGAAGGAGUUGGCCCUUGUGUUGUUGUGGACGAUGAAAAUGGUAAUGGGGAACUUGUUGCAGUUGCAAUGCCCAAAAAGAUUGUUUGCUAUCGCAAAGUACCUUUCGAAGAACAAAUAAAAGAUUUGUUGAGAAAAAAGAACUUCAAAGAAGCCAUCUCCUUGGUGGAGGAGCUUGAGUGUGAAGGUGAAAUGUCAAAGGAAAUGCUUUCAUUUGUCCAUGCGCAAGUGGGUUACCUCUUGCUUUUUGACUUACACUUUGAGGAAGCUGUAGAUCACUUUCUGCAGUCAGAGAAAAUGCAGCCUUCUGAAGUGUUUCCAUUUAUAAUGAGAGACCCCAAUCGUUGGUCAUUGUUGGUUCCUAGAAAUCGAUACUGGGGUUUGCAUCCUCCUCCUGCACCCCUCGAAGAUGUUGUAGAUAACGGGUUGCUGGCCAUUCAAAGAGCUAUUUUUCUCAGAAAAGCUGGCAUAGAAACCGUCUUGGAUGAACAUUUUUUAUCAAAUCCACCAAACAGGGCUGAACUACUCGAAUCAGCAAUAAAAAACAUUAUCAGGUAUCUAGAGGUUUCUCGUACAAAAAAUUUAACAUCAUCUGUAAGGGAAGGAGUUGAUACACUAUUAAUGUACCUGUAUAGAGCUCUAAAUCAGGUUGAUAGUAUGGAGAAGCUGGCAUCGACUGAAAAUUAUUGUGUUGUGGUAUGUCUCACUUACCUCUGUCUCUUUCUUAGUUGAUGAUCAAAUAUUUAUUCUGGAGAGUACUUUGGCAACCUGUACUGUUGGCAGCCUGGUGGAGAUGAACUCUUUUUUUUUUGGCAAAUGAUGGCAUCAUAGAUAAAAUAUUGAAUAAAUUACUGAUAGUUGU